CGUCGAGGACCGGACCCUGCGGAAUCCGCGUUCACGCUUCAUCGAUUUGACAGAUCGCACGCCGGCGCACGUGGCCGCGACGAAUCGUAAUCGCCGUUCGAACGGCGAUCGGGAGCGUGUCGGGUUUAAAAUUUCAAAAAUGUCCAACACACGAUUCAAGCGGGACGACCGUGAUUCUCUAACGUCGACGAUACGUCAUAUCACAUCGAACGGCGAGCCGUCCGCGUUUCACGUCUUGACGAGCCGAUUUACGACGGUCUCGCGAUACAAGCCCGACGAUCCGCUCGAUCGUCGUUCGCGUAGACUGUUUACCAAACACGAGUGUUUGGUUAUGUUACUCUUUACGCCAUACGAAUACUUGAUGAAUCUGCAGAAACAUUACUAUCCAUAAAAAAUGGUGGAUAUCCAGCAGUUGAUGAAAUUAAAACAGAAGUAAUUGAUGAUGAUACGAUGGACAUGGAUGAGCAACAUAUUUCAAAUCAUGGAUCAACAAAUUCUAUGGAUCAACAAAUGGAUACUGAAGAACCUGAACCAAUACCAGAACUUGGACCAGCAGCUCUUGGUCUACAAAGAGUAGGCACUCAACCACCUGCCAAACCGAAUCCUCCGACACAGCCAGUACAAGUGUUAAAUCGCAGAGGAAUGCCUGCAAGAAUUAGGAAAAAAAACAAGUUAUUUUAUGAUGAUGUCUUAAUAAAUCAUCCACAUCAUAGGAUCAAGAAGGAUCCGUUGAAUGCAGAAACAAAACAAUCUCCUAAAAAGAUGUUGCGUCCAUCACCAUUGAAAAAACACACCAAGAUGUUAAAUGAACCAAAGAAAAAUACAAGUACUUCACAACCGUCAACUCCCAUAAGUACUCCUAUCAAGCAAGAAAAGGGACCUGAUAAGUUACAACCUACAUCACCAGAUCGAAAAAUAGGACAAAAAAUUGGUAUGAGACUGAGAAAUUUAUUAAAGCUGCCAAAAGCGCAUAAAUGGGUCUGUUACGAGUGGUUUUACAGCAAUAUUGAUAAAAUUUUAUUCGAGGGUGAUAAUGACUUCAUGAUAUGCCUGAAGGAAUCAUUUCCACAAUUGAAAACUCGCAAACUUACACGGGUAGAAUGGUGCAAGAUUAGAAGAAUGAUGGGCAAACCACGAAGAUGCUCACAAUCAUUCUUUGAGGAGGAGAGACGGGAACUGGAGAGAAAACGGCAGAAAAUACGGAUGUUGCAGCAAAGAAAAACGGCAGACAUAAAUAGUUUCAAGGAUUUGCCACCUGAAAUACCAUUACAAUUAGUAAUUGGUACAAAAGUAACAGCAAGAUUGAGAAAACCUCAAGAUGGCUUGUUCACUGGAAGCAUCGACGCUGUCGAUACUAGCAAUAAUACUUAUAGAAUCACGUUCGAGAGAGCUGGAUUAGGAACACAUAGUGUUCCGGAUUAUGAAGUUUUGUCGAACGAACCACCAGAAACGAUCAGCGUUGCAUCGUUCGCUCAAAAAUUUAGACCGCGGCCUUUACAAUACGUACCUUCACCACCGUACGCAAUGAAGUUAUCCCCGCGAUUAACUAACGAUCCUUUGAUAUCCAAUGCAUCUGUGUCUAUACCGAAGAAGCCGCAUAUUGGGGGUACAAUGAACGGUUACCCAUUGAAGUUACUCGAACUCAUGGUAAAAGUGAAUAAGAUACUCGCAAAUAAAAAGAUGAAAAUUAAGAAAUUGAAAGAAAUGAAUGGGGAAGCUGAAAAGAGACGUUCUUUCGGAGAAUUAUUACCUCCCGAUUUUGAAAGAAGAUAUGCAGGAAUUGUCGUCGAAUUAGAAAGAAUGAAUGGAGCUUUACAAGAUUUUUUGAAUGAUAUUCAAGAAUUGUGUCAAGAAAUGGCGCCCGAACCUAGCGUGGCAGCGAUGUUAGCUCCAUCGCAUCUUCGAGAGAAAUGCAAGCAAGAAGCGGCAGAUAUGGUUGCUAGAAAUAAUAUGAUAAAUGAUAAAGCACCAGGAAAGAUGACUCAAUUGGUAACGGAUUUGACUGCAUUGAUGUUACAAGUAAAGAGCUUAUCAGAUUCCGAUCGAAACGCAUAUGAGCUCAAAGUGUUGCAAGGUACUAUGGAGCAGAUUAGAUCAAAACUCAGUCCACAGAAUCAACAAGUAUUUCAAAAUUGUGUAGAAAUUCAUAUGCAGCAUAUUCAACUAGGUUUAACACAGAUGGGUGCUCUAACACCGUUUAUGUCUCAAAAAACUUGAAAAAAUAAUCGUUUAUACAUAUAUUACAUCAUAUAACAUUCUCAUGAAGCAUAUAAUAGUACAAUUGGCAAACAGUAUAGACAAAUACACGGCACCAUAAUUUUUUAUAAAAAAAU